CUGAAGCCUUCGGGACGUUGGUAUUCCGCAUCACGUGUAGCACUGCCAAGUCAUUUUGCCGACACAAACAUGGCGGCUGCUCCUGCUCUUCUUCCAGCCACUUCCUCUCACUACCAGUCCGCCAGUAGCUUGGCCCAAUCCUCAUCGCCGUUGUCCUCAGCGAACCACAUCACCGUGCCGUCCGAUCGAGCUAGCAAAUACCGUGGCGCCGUUGUGGAGGAUUUACAGCUACCCCCCGCCUUCUCUCUCCCGCAUUCCGAGCGCAUAUCUAAAGCUAUUGAUCUCGCGUAUGAACGAGAUUUCUCGCAUAUCCCAGUGCUGUCUAAGGAACGAAGACCUCUAGGAUAUAUUGACGUUGCCCAACUCAAGUCCAAAUUCGAAAGCGGCGUCGCAAACCCGGAUGAUUCAGUCCUCUCCCACAUGACCAAAUUUAAGAGGAAUUCGAGGCUUGGUUACACACUGAUAACGCCCGACACUCCGUUAGAAGUCCUGGAAGAGUUUCUGGAGAAAAACUUGUUUGCGCUUGUCACCGAUUACGCUCGGAAAUUCGUCCUGGCGGUCGCAACAAGAGAUGACCUCAACAAUUUUGUGACACGGAGAGGGAAUGCCUAUUCUUAGGCUUAUGUCAAUAACAACUCGGUUUGCCUUACUGUACAUAGAGAAUACUGCUUUUGGGACCCAACCAUGUUAUCACUUGCGAGCAGCCUCCAUCUCCAGAAACCACAAUGAUCGACAUUGAUGAUGUAAGCCAGUUCAUCUGAAAACAAUUUUCCGGAUGCAUCUUAUCAGAUUAG